AUGUUGUGUUCAGAAAUAUUAUUAAGCUGCACCAGAAUUAAGCCUACUGAAGAUGAUGGACUGCCACCCUGCAUUUGCAGUGAUUGUUUUCGACAAUUAAAGAAAACUUAUGAAUUUACCAUACAAUGUGAUAAAAGCGAAAGGAUCUUAAGAAACAUCCUUAGUCCAACAAACUGUGAUGAAAGUGAAUCUGAUGUUAGUUUAGUUAAAAAUGAACCAAUAGAUAGUACUGGUAUAUUUGAUGAUACUAAUUCUACUAAAAUAAAGGAUGAAAAUAUUAUUAAAAUUGAACCUGGGCAUGAAUCAAACAGAGAUUUAAAGAAAAAACGUAAAUUAUUAAAGAAGAAAGUUUCAGAGUUGAAUGAUGACAACGAAAACAAUGGAAAUUGGAUGUCUGAUGAUGAUAAUAUGCUUGAUACAUAUGUAUCAGAAGAGCUUGGUGAUUAUAAUGAAAAGUCUGAUAACGAAGCUAAUGGCAAAUCUGAUGAUGAAAAUUUAUUUUUAUUAGCAAGUAAAUCAGUGGAAGAAUCAAAUGGAAAUAUUGUUGAAAAGAAGAAAAGGGGAAGAAAGAAAAAAGUUUAUUCUGAAAAUGAUAAGCGUAUAUUACCUACAAGCAAGUUACCACAUCAGUGCGAUGUGUGUGGCAAAAUAUUAAGCUCCAAAAGUAACUUGAACUCACACAAAAUAAUACAUACAGAUCUAAGGCCAUUUAAAUGUACUGAGUGCCCUGCUUCUUUCAAAGGUCACAGUGGACUAUUUCAACAUAAACGAAUGCACACAGGCGAAACUCCAUAUCACUGUAAAUAUUGUCCGAAGCAAUUUAGGAAAAAGACCAGUCUGGACCAUCACCACAGAGUUCAUACUGGGGAAAAGCUGUACGACUGCAAAAUAUGUUUAAAAAGUUUCGUUCAAAGUGCACAGCUCUCGAUUCAUAUGAAGAGGCACAACGGUGACAAGACAUAUCUCUGUCAGGAUUGUGGAAAGGGUUUUAUAAUAAAGGCAGAUUUAAAAGUCCACCAGCGGGUACAUAACGGGGAAAAGCCGUACUCCUGUCACAUGUGCGAGAAAACCUUCGCGACUUCUGGCAACCUUUCGAUACAUAUACGAAUACACAAUAAGGAAUUUAGGUACACUUGUAAAUACUGCAACAAAGGCUUCAUAACAUGCAGUUCCUUCAACGUCCACGUAAAGCGGCACCGGGGCCAAAGGGACUACUCGUGCGAGUGUGGCAAAAAGUUCUACACGUCGUCCGCCCUCAAACAACACAAGGUGGUGCACACGGGCGAAAAACGUUACCAGUGCAAGAUAUGCGAUAGGAAAUUUUCGCAAACUAGUCAUUUGAGCCGCCACUUCAGGAAAGACCACGCGGAACCAAACAACCCACUGCCCAAUUCUGAACAUUACAAGAUUGUAUUACCACAGAAGAGUCAGGGAAUAGUCAUUUUCGAUGCGCAAAAACCUGCCGAGAGCAAAUGUGAGUCUUAG